UGUGUGAUGUUUUGGUUUUUUUUCAUUAUAAUUAAUUUAAAGCAAAACUGUAACAGUACGACAAUGUCAUGUAUUCAUAAUAAAUUAAAAGAAAUUGGUGAAGUGCCUUUUAAUGUUUAGUAUGUCAGAUGGUAAAGUCAGGACGUGGGUGUUCUAAAAUGCCGUGCGAGAGUUGCGCCGUUCAAUUCAGUGUAUUUAAGCGAAAACGGGUUUGCUCUGAGUGCGAGCGAUAUUAUUGUGCAGGAUGUCUUCGUCGUGGCGGUGGCAUCAUGUGCGCACCAUGUCGAGUACUAUCAACUCGGCCACUCUCCCGGCAUGCCAUCACCCACCUAAAAGUUCGAGACUUGCAGUGCUUCUUACAACAUCAAAAUAUCUCUACGCGAGGCUGCGUCGAAAAAGAUGAGCUGGUGGGUUUGUGCGUGUCGCACGUGAACAGUGCGGCGUACCGGCGACGCGGUGCUCGCGGCGGCGCCUUCAGUGGCCUCAAGGGCCUCACCAACAACAUCAAUGACUUUCUCAACUCUGCCUUCGACAUUCGCGCCCCCCAGCGAGACACCCCAAGAGACCCCCAGCCCGCUCGCAGUGAGAUACUGCUCCUCUUCAGCAGCUGUUUCAACGCGACGCACGUGCAUGCGACACCGUGCGGCCCCCGCACCGGCCCCGGAGACCCCGCCCACGCCCCAGAACACGCCCACCCCGCGGACCGCCGCUUCACGCCCACACCUGGUGGUGAGCGCGACGUGCGGCCGGUGGUGUCCGAGCAGCCUCAGCCGCAGGGGGUGCAGGGGGCGCCGGGGGUGCAGGGGGCGGAGGUGGGCGCGCGUCGCGAGUCGCAGGACUCCGCGCACGUCGACACCGCCGACUGCCUCGAGAUCGAGGACCUCGACGACGCCGGCUGGGAGUUCGUCACCACGCCCGCCGAGCCCCUCUCCAACGACUCGGCGGUGCUGUUGACGACCAGCGAUCUCAGCCAGCGGGCGGCCGCCACGGGCGCCGCGUCCGCGAGCGAGGUGAGCACGGCGCCCGAAGAGGGCCCCAGGAGCUCCGGCAGCCUCGCGACGGCCGGCGGGGGCGCCAAGCGAGCCGCGCCGGCGCCGGGCGGGCGGGCGCCGGCGCAGGUUGAGGCGCCGGGCACUCCGCAGCGCGCCGCCUCCGAGCUGGAGCUGCACCGGGCGCCCGCCGACGACGCCGACACCACCAGUCUGCAGGACGAGCCCAUGAUGGACCGUCAGCCAGAGAGUCCGGACCAGAUAAGUCUGGAGCGUCUGAGCGAGGCGGAGCUGGAGCGGCUGAACGUGCGCCAGCUGAAGCAGCUGCUGCGGCGCAACCGCGUCGAGUUCCGCGGCUGUCUCGAGCGCGUCGACCUGCUGCAGCGCGCGCGCACCUUGCUGCGCGACCACACCCUGCUGCAUAGAGAUAUAGACAACUUGCCGACGGAGGAGUGCUGCAAGAUCUGCAUGGCGGCGCCGCUGGAGUGCGUGCUGCUGGAGUGCGGCCACAUCGCCGCCUGCACGCGCUGCUCCAAGCAGCUGGCGGAGUGCCCCAUCUGCCGCCAGUACGUGGUGCGCGCCGUGCGCUUCUUCCGCUCCUGAACCAUCGCUGCUGGAGUGCGUGCUGCUGGAGUGCGGCCACAUCGCCGCCUGCACGCGCUGCUCCAAGCAGCUG